AUGGAACAAAUCGUGGCGCAGGUGGCUGCGCUGACCAGAAUGCUUGAGACCGUGACAGGUGAAGCGCAGAAGGCGGCCAUUUGUGAUGCCCAUUGUGCCUCCAUCAAGACCCAGUUGCAAAACUUGACCGUGUCAGCUGGUGACGUCGAGCAAUUCUCAACAGCCAUGGUCGAGUCUGGCUUGAACGAUGCGCAGAUUGGUGAGUUGAUUGAAGCUGCAUCGGACAGGUUGGCAUCUUCCAGCAUCUCGCCGCCAACUGCACGGAAGAGCCUUCAGAAAUUGGUUGACAUUUGCCCUUUCUUGCUACCUGCUGAGCUGCAGACCCUCAAGUCCAAGGAACACCUACACCAGAAACUUAUGGUGAUGGCACGGAGGGCAGUGCUCAUUGGGUUGACAAACCCCACUGAGCCGACGACUGGUGGAAUGGUCAAAACUUUGGAGCUGCUAGGUUCGCAUGCCUUUCCAACUGGAAAGGCUUACGUGGACGCUGUCACUGAGCUCAAAAGCUACAUUCGAUCGGAAAGAGUGAAACUUCCGGCCGCGGCAGUGCAUUUGACAGAGUUUCCUGCUAGUGCAUCUGGUUUACCCCCGGAGCUGUAUACUCGCGCGUAUGGCACUGAUGAAGAACCAUGCGGAGAAGAAGGCCCAAUGGCUCAUGGCAUUUCUGGACCGGUCAGGAGGAGUUCUAGGUUGGUGCAAGGUGCAAGUUCUUCGUCCAUGGGAUCUGGCAGCUGCGCUGAUUCACCUGGCAAUAGUUUUUAG